AUGAGACAAUCUCCACAUGCAUUAGAACAUAGCAGCAGUGUAACUCUAUCCUUUGCUGCCUUAAAUCCAGGAGCGGACUUUUCGCUUUUAGAAAUGAUUGUUUGGCAUUCUCUUCCAAAACAGUGCAGUUUCGUCUGCAUUAAAUACUUGCUCAGGUUGGAAAAAAUUGAUGACAUAGGUGGGUCUAUUAUUCGGAUAAUUCUACCGGAAGAUACCGCACAGGAUACUGUUGUAACGAGAAUUGUUGGGGGUAAAGAUGCGCCAGAUGGUGGGAUUCCCUACCAAGUGUCAUUGAGGAGUGCAUACGAUUCGCACUUCUGCGGUGGUUCUAUUUUGAAUAAGAGGUGGAUAUUGACAGCAGCUCACUGCACUGUAGGAUCAUCAACUCGUUCUGUAAAGGUUGUCGUCGGCACUAACAGCUUAAAAUCUGGCGGAGCUAAGUAUUCAGUGGAGAGGUUGGUUGUUCACGAAAGUUACAACAGCGGGUUGAUAUCAAAUGACAUAAGUCUGGUUAAAGUUACCGAAGAUAUCGAAUUUACAGACAGAGUGCAACCGAUAUUGUUGCCGGAAAGUAACACGGAAGCCAAUGCUGAGUUACUCUUGACUGGAUGGGGUAGACUAUCUUACCCAGGCAAUUUGCCGGAAGUCUUGCAAAUGAUCAAUGUGACUGCACUGAGUGUUGACGAUUGUCAAAGCAAAUUUAAUGGAAUUAACCCUGUCUAUGAUACUCAGAUCUGUUCCCUGACUAGAGCAGGCGAAGGCGCUUGUCACGGUGACUCUGGUGGUCCGCUAGUAGAGAAUAACCGGGUGGUCGGCAUCGUCUCUUGGGGCAUGCCUUGCGCGAAAGGAUAUCCAGAUGUUUACACGAGGGUGUACUCCUUCCUUGAUUGGAUUCAAGAGGAGAUGAAAGAGAAGCCCGAAGCCACUGAACGCAACCCAAGAAUGUACUAA